GACGCCUUGGCCGCGGCCGUGCGUCCCGCUCGAGCGCCCGCGCACCUCCCCGGCCCGGUUCCACCUCUUCGCCUUCUUCUGUCGGCCCCUUCUUCGUCCCGCGCGCCCUGCCGCCGCGCGCUGAGGAAAAUGAGGUGGUAACGGGCCUCCGGAUGACCCCGCGCCACCACUGUGAGGCCUACAGCUCUGCCGGGGAGGAGGAGGAGGAGGAAGAGGAGGAGAAGGUAGCUACGUCAAACUGGGUAGCAGGCAGAUCCAAAGGAUAUCAUGAAGUUUCCAGGACCUUUGGAAAACCAGAGAUUGUCUUUUCUGUUGGAAAAGGCAAUCUCUAGGGAAGCCCAGAUGUGGAAGGUGAAUGUGCCGAAAAUGCCUACAAAUCGGAAUGUUUCUCCAUCCCAGAGAGAUGAAGUAAUCCAGUGGCUGGCCAAACUCAAGUACCAGUUCAACCUUUAUCCAGAAACAUUUGCUCUGGCUAGUAGUCUUUUGGACAGGUUUUUAGCUACUGUAAAGGCCCACCCAAAAUAUCUGAGUUGUAUUGCAAUCAGCUGUUUUUUCUUAGCCGCCAAGACUGUUGAGGAGGAUGAGAGAAUUCCAGUACUGAAAGUAUUGGCAAGAGACAGUUUCUGUGGAUGUUCCUCAUCUGAAAUUUUGAGAAUGGAGAGAAUUAUUCUGGAUAAGUUGAAUUGGGAUCUUCACACAGCCACACCAUUGGAUUUUCUUCACAUUUUCCAUGCCAUUGCAGUGGCAACAAGGCCCCAGUUACUUUUCAGUUUGCCCAAACUGAGCCCAUCGCAACAUUUGGCAGUCCUUACCAAGCAACUCCUUCACUGUAUGGCCUGCAACCAACUUCUGCAGUUCAAAGGAUCCAUGCUUGCUCUGGCCAUGGUUAGUCUGGAAAUGGAGAAACUUAUUCCUGACUGGCUUCCUCUUACAAUUGAACUGCUUCAGAAAGCACAGAUGGAUAGCUCCCAGUUGAUCCACUGUCGGGAACUUGUGGCACGUCACCUUUCUACUCUGCAGUCUUCCUUGCCUCUAAAUUCCGUUUAUGUCUACCAUCCCCUCAAGCACACCCUGGUGACCCGUGACAAAGGAGUGUUCAGAUUACAUCCCUCCUCUGUCCCAGGCCCAGAUUUCUCCAAGGACAACAGCAAGCCAGAAGUGCCAGUCAGAGGUACAGCAGCCUUUUAUGAACAUCAUCUGCCAGCUGUCAGUGGGUGCAAGCAUACCUCUGCUAAACGCAAAGUAGAGGAAAUGGAGGUGGAUGAUUUCUAUGAUGGAAUCAAACGGCUCUAUAAUGAAGAUAUUGCUUCAGAAAAUGUGGGUUCUGUGUGUGGCACUGAUUUGUCAAGACAAGAGGGACAUGCUUCCCCUUGCCCACCUUUGCAGCCUGUUUCUGUCAUGUAGUUUCAACAAGUAUUACCUUCAAGUGCAAACUAAGGUAGAAUAUUCUGGGAAUGAGAACAUGCAAAACCAGGAAAGGCUGUAGAAAGGUAUAUAUCUUAUCAGGCUGAUUUGAGGUGAGCCAGAAAAAAAAAAAUCCUCAUUUACUUGUGUGGCUAAUUAUAAUUCAACAUUAUAUCAGCACUUAAACACCAAAAAAUACAUAUAUAAAAAGUCCAGAAGACCCCAAAUUUUUUUAAAAAGUAGAAAAUUUCUUUGUAGUAUGUCGGUUUCACUUUUUUCUGCUAAAAUGUAAUGUAGCUUGCUCCAUGUCAAAACUACACAUUUAACAUUUUUUUAAAAGUUCCAAAAUUCAUAGCUAUCAGUCCCUUUCCCCAGCAUCUUGAUUUAAUUGUCCUGUUGCUUUUGCUUGCUUCUCCAUUGAAUACAUAAUGAAUUUUAUGCAUGUUGAUCUAUACUCUGAUUUCUACCGAAUAGGAACCCCCCAAAACUAUUUUUUAGCAAUUUAAUGAACAAAUUAUUUUAGUGUGACAGCCAUGUUUAAUCCAUGAUUCAAAUUCCAAUUAGUAUGAAAAGGGUACUUUGGAAUUGUCCCAUAUUAAUCAGAGGUGGUGGUAAAAAAAAAAAAAAAAAAAUUUAUCACAUUACCACAUUGAUUUUGUUUCAUUUCAGUUUCUAGAGUUUAGAAACUGUUUUCAUUUUUCUUUAUCUUAAAGUGAAAGCUUAAAAGUGGCAUGUAAUUAGGACAGUCUUAGAUUUGUUGAAAGCAUUUUUGACAUUUGUAUAAAAGAAUUUGUGGUAAAGUUAAUAUAUCCAGGUGCUCACCAAAGAUACAUGUAUGUAACAACUACAAGUAGAUUUUUAUAAGUGAUCAGUUUUCACUCAUUUAUAAUCAGUAGGAGAGACUGUCUAGAUGUUUGGGCAGCUCUGUGAUUUUAGUCUGUAACGUGAUAACAACUGAAUUUAGUACCCUAGUUUUAUGUUAAGCUAUUAGGAUUUUUUUGAUAAAGUUAUUCCCCCUGCUUCCCCAGUCUACCUAUAUUUCUCUUAAUGACUUCUGGAUCCUGCGGUCCCUUUGCAGUCUGAAGAAGGUAUUGCAGUCAGAACCAUGUACUGAUGGUAAAAGCCUCUGGUAGCAAUAAAAAGUUGUCCUUAA